AUGGCGAUGAUGAUGGCUGGCCGUGUGCUGCUGGUGUGUGCCCUCUGCGUGCUGUGGUGCGGUUUGUGUGGAAUUGCGGCCAAUGAUACCCGUGCCCAAAGUGUUUGGCCUGAGUAUUUGUUCCUAAAUUGGCAUGAACUGUUGAGGAACGAAUGCGAGGUGGAAAAUGCUAAAGGGACGAAUGCGGAUUUGAAGGAGUUAGCCGUGAAGUGUUGUGUGCAUGAUGCGAUGAGGGAGAUUUGCAGCGUUUUUUACGGUACGACUGUCAUGGAAAAUAAAGACCCCAAAGUUGACGGUAUCUGCAAAAACUACGGUGGAGAACCAGCUGAUGCCGAUAAAUGCUCAGAACUGGAAGCCAAACUGUCGCCUAAUGCGGUAACUCCAGUGAAAGUAUCAGAUCGAGAAGCACCGAAAGACGAAGAAGAAGAAUUGAGAAAGACACUGGAAGAGGAACCGACACCACUACCGGGAACACCUUUGACGAAUUCACCAGCAAAAACAACAAAAAUAUCACCAUCACCGCCACUGAAAGGAAAACCCACCAACGCAGAGGAAGUGCCGGUGCCAAAUUCAGAGGAAGGCUCAGUGAACACGGAGCCCGCAAACGAUUCGGAAGAGGAGGACACUGACACAGUCACAGACACCGAGCAGGAUGAACCAUCUAACAGUCAAGCCGAAUCAACCACACCAACACCCACGGUUGCCAGCGAUAAUGAUGAUAACGAAACGGACAAGAGCACUGGAGAAGAUACUCCGAACAAUGCACCGGAAUCCGAUGUUGCCAGGACAGAGGAAAACCAAGAUAAAAAUAAAAAUAAUAAACCGAAGGAAACACCGGUCGAAGUUGCGGGUAUAAAAACCGCCACGGUGACGACUGGCGACAGCGACGGCGUCAAAGCCGCCUCCCCUCUUUUGCUUCUUCUUCUUGUUGCGUGUGCGGCUGCUGCUGCGGUGGUGGCCGCGUGA